GCAGGCCAAGUACUUGGGCAAGAAUGGUGGCAACCUGGGGGGCAACGGCGCCUCCAUGAUCCGGAUGGGCGCACGUUGGCAGCGGUACCAUCAGACCAAGCUGGCGAAUGCCGUGUUCUCUGUGGCGUUGGAUGAAAAGCUCAGGGCCGCCAAAAGCAAGGUCAAAUCCCUCUGCUGCGCGCCCGGCCUGGCAUCCACCAAUCUGCAGGUGACCACGAACCAGUCCGGCGGCAUGCGCGAGACCUGGGUCAUGCGCUGGGCGCAGAGUGGGGAGGACGGCACCAUGCCCUUGCUGCACUGCUGCCUUGCCGCAGGCUUGGAGUCCGGGGACUUCUUUGAGCCGAACAACCGCUGGACAGGGCCGCCCAAGAAGUUUGUGCUGGACAAGAUUUGCCUCAAGGAGGAUUCCAGGAAGAUGCUCUGGGAGGAGAGUGAGAAGGCCUGCGGCGAGUGGAAGAUCUGAGAUCUGACCUCCGAUCUCCAAGGCCCCCGGCCAACUCCGACGGCCGGUUCCGGGCGAAGCUCGAAAUCGAAGCCAAUCUGGGGGGCUGGGGGCCUGGGGGCACACUUGUUUUGUUUCCUGGAGCAUCACGGCUCGCGCCAAACGGCGCUCAUGGGUUUGUUUUUGGGGCGCACGCGACUGGCGAGCGAUAUGGUAUUGCACCAGUCAGCCGAAGAACCGAGUUCCAGCUGAGCCGAGCCGAGUGCAGCAACUGUGCUGAUCACAGUUUUGGUACAUUUUUGGUGGCUACCUGGAUGUCCGGCCCAUGGAGUUCAACCCUAGGCUGUC